AGGCAUUUUAGCAUUUGUUUGUGCCAAUGUUUUGUUUCCUUGCCUUAAUUGAAGACAAAACAACGGUUUAGUGGAUAACUGUUAUCGGAAUCAUUCCCUCAUCUCUAAGAAUCUACUCAAAUCAACCUCUUCCUUGCCAAACUUUCGCCUCAAAUAAAACCAACAGAUUUAUCUCCAGACAAAACAAAGUUUGUUUGUCCCUGAACUAAUUAUGGCUGAUCCCAAAGGCCCAAACGAGUCUUCAUUUUCCUUCUCCGACUUCCCUGAAGACGUCCAGCUUUGCAUCCUCUCCUUCCUUUCCCUGUCCGAGAUCGCCAAUUUCGCUUGCACCUCUAAACGGUUCCUUUCGCUAUGUCGAAACGACAUCAAGCUCUGGUUCACCCUUUGCCAACGCCGGUGGGGCUCCAAGACCCAGAUCAAUAAAUGGGGUGGCGGUAAAAUCACCUACAAGCUCCUUUACAAGACCCUAACCCAGUGGGAGAAUCUCAUCGGCUUCUGGCGCCACUGCGGUCGAGCCGGCCUCUCAAGUCAAUGUCCUCGGUUGAUUAUUUUCGAGUGGGGAUCAUCGUUUGUUUCCGGUUCUAGGGUUUGUCCUUAUAAAAACGGAACGUACCAUGUUACGAAAGAACCGUUCUUGUGGAUGGGGAUAUCCCCAGGUGGGCAAAUCGUUUACUUUCUCGAUCUAGAAGGCCAAGCUGAAAAACCGUCCGGGGAUUUCGAUAGCUGGUUGGAAUUUGUCUGCUUGGACCAAAAUUUGGUUCCAGCCAAUGUUAAUUUCAUGGGUAAGGAUCAUUUUAUAGUAGAAGAAAAUUUAAACUUUUGGAAUAGUUGUAAAAGUAAAGAUGUGUUGACAAGGAGUUCAAGCUCAAAGAAUUUGAUAGAAGAUAGUGAUGAAGUUAUUGAGAGUGGAACUGCCGGAAGCUUACCCGACCGUUUGGUAUCGGAAAUGUAUACUUAUUUCGCAAAUAGAACGAGCCCCGUUGGGGAUAGAGCGUGGAGGAGGCAGAGGAAGAAGGAGAAGGAAAGGCAAGGGAUGAGGAAAUGGGAGCCUGAGCAUUUCCUUAAAGUUGUUGAUUGCUCCCCUACUCCAGAUAAGCCCUUGCAGGGUCUUUGGAAGGGAAUUUCUGGUGACAAGAACUUGAAUUUUUAUCUAGUUAAAUAUGAUGAAAUUGGGGGCAUAAUCUGCCAAACGAUUGGGGACUUGUCAUCAUCCUACACACUAGUGUUCUGGACAUCAGAACCUAUGUUAGAGGAGUCACCUUUUUCUGCAGAAGAAGAACAUAUCUAUGAGAAUCGCAUGCAUCUUCAGCCAUUUGCAGCUGAGGAUCAUAGUCUGCCUGUCAUGACAGAUAUUGAGAUGGUUUCUCACAUUCUGCAUAUUAACUCAAGUUGCAACUUAAUACUUCCAUCCUUGGGAUCUGCUGGUCUCCAGCAUGGGGAAGGAAGGAUUUGGCAAUACAUAAAUGGGACAUUCGGGUUUGGAUUUCUUCAUGAUCAUUUUGUUAUGGACCUGAAACAUAUCGUCCUAGAUGGUCGUCUCCUUGAUUCAGUGAAUUUGUUGCAUUGAUUUCUUUUUUCAUAUACAAAUUGCUUUCUAAUUUGAUGUCGUGCUGCUGGUUAUUGCACAUUACAUUUUGUAAUAUGUUCACAUCUUUGCGCCGUUCGGCCAUGGAAAUCCCAAGUUCCUUCUAUA